AUUCCCGCAUCGUUGAUGAAUGGAUUCAGGGCUUAGAGUUUAUCUUUGAGGUCAUGGAAUGCCCCGAUAGGUAUCGCGUAGUUUGCGCUCAGCUUCAGCUCACUGGUGAUGCGAGGCUCUGGUGGAACGCCUACUGGAGCAUGCGUCCCGGUGAAAAGGUGGGUUGUACAUGGGACAUGUUCAAGGAUUUAGUCCGUGAAAAGUACUACCCUUCCUACUAUCGGGCAGAGAUGGAGCGUCAGUUCUUAGCGCUCCAGCAGGGCACUCGUACGGUUGAUGAGUACGAGCGAGAGUUCACUAGACUUGCAGCUUUCGUACUGGAUCUGGUUCGCAUGGAGGUUCAGAGAGCAAAGCGGUUCAUCGAUGGGCUUUACCCAGUAGUCCGCCACAACAUCGUGGGACACGAGACUCAGACCUACGCUUGUGCAAUUUCUAUCGCCCAGGAGGUGGACGCUAGUAUCAGGAGGGAGGCAGUUCGUGAUCGUGCCCAGCCAUCCGCCCCAGUUCAGCCAUUCGCAGCUCCACCAGCUCUACCAACCCCUCAGCCGGCAAAGCAGAAGAAGAGGAAGGGAAAGGGUGAACAGACUGACCGGAGGACCCGACAGAGACAACAGCUGAUUCCACCGUGCCCGACCGGCGGACGACUUCACAGGGGAGAAUGCCACGUGGGACAGGACAUCUGCUACUACUGCCACAAGCCAGGACAUUUUGCGA